AUGAGUAUCAUUGAACGUCCCUCUCCCGAAUUUCUCAACAGCAAAUUACCAUCAAAAGUUGCAGUGGUGACUGGAUCAGCCUCAGGAAUUGGAUAUGCCACAGCAAAACUCCUAGCUGAAUAUGGGGCACAAGUGGUGGUCGUCGACCUGGACGCGGCGCAGUCACAGAAAGCGGCGGACUCGAUCGGCCACGGCGCUGCAUCUCACGCAUGCGACGUGACUUCGUGGACGCAACAGGUUGAGCUCUUCGAGUGGGUGGUGUCUAAGUUUGGGGCGUUGGACGUGGUUAUAUGCAAUGCAGGCAUUGACCCCGAAGUCAACAACACUUUUCCCGCUGGACAUCCCACAAAAGAGAAGGCAUCAAAGAGCGUCUUCUACGAUUUCUCCGCCGAUGAGAUGGAGGAAGUGGAAGAUGGCAAAAGCCAGAGAUUGAAGGCUCCCCCGAAAACAAUUUUCGAUGUCAAUCUCAUGGGGCCGAUCUACAACCUCAAGCUCGCAAUGCAUCAUAUGAAACGAUUAGCCAAGGGCGGACGAAUCAUUUUCGUCGGAUCAGCCAAUUCCUACCUUCCUCUCUCCGACACAUCAUUGUACUGCGCCUCCAAACACGCCAUAUUGGGUUUGAUGCGCUCAGCGUCCAGGAGAACAGACUGUAAGGAGGCCAAUAUUACCAUCUCGCUACUUGUGCCAUGGACUACCGUGACACCUUUGACAGCACCCAUCUUGGAGCUUAUUCCCGACUCCAUGAUAGUGAAGAGCGUCCCUGAAGAUCUCGCCUGGGCCGUUGCAUAUCUUGUCUCGGCGGAGCCUGACAAAGUGAAUGGAAAAGGUGUAUGGGUCCAAGGGCAGAAGAUGAAAGAAGUUGAGGAUGCAUACUAUGAUUUUACAUUGACGUUGUCGGAAUCAACAGGGGAGAAAUGGACAGAAGAGUAG